AUGUCGGAGGAAAUUGGUUGCUUUGACUUACUCCAAGACGGCGAUCUCUUCUUCGACUUCGAUCCUUCAGUUGUCACUGAAUCUCCUCUUGUGGAUGAUUUAAUUCGUUCUUCACCAGAUUCUAUACAUUCGUGGAUCGGAGAGGUUGAGAGCCAAUUAAUGAAUGACGAGCAGCAGAAUUUUCUGGAGCUGGAUGAGCAAUCAGUUUCAGAGUUUUUAACGGAUCUAUUCGUUGAUUAUCCCACAAGCGAUUCUGGCCCGGUUGAUUUGACGACGGCUAAAGUUUCAGAUGUACCAACAGUCGAAUAUCCCGCCGCCGGAAAGGAACCUGAAGGCUCCAAUGAUUCCGGGAAGGAGAAAGCGGAUUUCUCAGUUGAGAAGAAGUCUGACGCAUCCAAUGAUUCUGGAAGUGAGAAUCAGGAUGAAGCAAAGGUGGAAAGCGAGAAUGAUGGAAACGAUGAUGCUAUGGCCAAGAAAAGAAGAAGGUAUAUCUGA